AUGGAAGAAGCUCAAAAACUCCUCGAUGAAGGAGCCGACCCUAGAAUUAGAAAUAAUAUAGGUGUGACAGCUCUUCAUUUUGCUGCUAUGAGAGGUCACAAGGACAUCGCCGAACUUCUUAUCAAAAAAGGAGCCAAUGUUAAUAUCCAAAAUAAUUUCAAUACGACAGCUCUUCAUCAUGCUGCUGAGAAUGGUCACAAGGAUGUCGUCGAACUUCUGAUCAAAAAUGGAGCCAAUGUUAAUAUCCAAAAAAAUUUCGGUACGACAGCUCUUCAUUAUGCUACUGAGAAUGGUCACAAGAAUGUUACUGAACUUCUCAUCAGAAAUGGAGCCAUAGAUGAUAUUGAAGAUGAUUUGGGUUGGACACCUAUUGAUUCAGCUAUUCGCGGUGGUAAUGCUGACUAA